CGCCGCGCACGCGCGCGGGGCGUAUCGCGCGCGCGCACCCGCUCUCGACCCCGGCGUCCUCAAACCCGAACGUCGUCUGCCCGGUCAGAUCGAUCCUCGCGGAAGGUUUCGGUCGCCCGUCGUCCGCCAGCUGGCGCGGACGAAGCGACGAUGCGGACGCCCACUCGCGUCGCGCGCGACGCCGCGCUCGACCCCGUCGUGUCGUCGCUCGUGACGCUCGCGCACGCGCGAACCGCGACGACGCGCCCCGCGCCGUUGACGUACCCGGGCGUCAGCGCGCUCGCGAUGACGCGUCCCGUGGAGACGCUCCAUCCGGACACCGCGUGCAGCGACGUCUUCGCGCGGUUCGAGCGCGCGUCGGAGGAGGCGAGCGCGGCGCAUCGAUGGCGCGACGGCGACGCGCGCGCGACGCUGCGCCCGCGCGGACGCGACGGUCGCGCGGGGGCGCACCACGGGGAGUAUCUCACCACGGAGCGACCGGCGCUGCCGGGGAAGUCGCUGCACGUCACGACGCAGUUCGACGCGCGCGCGCAGGUGGGCGACCAGCGCGGGCGCCGAGGGCGAUGCCCGCUCCCGGAGAAGCGCCCCGGCGACGCGCCGCUGCGGAUCGUGUACAAGCACUACGCGCGUCGCGACGAGCGACUGAAUCUGUUGACGACCGACGACGAGCGGAAAAAAAAAGCGACGGAGACGCCGUGCCUCAUGAGCAAAGCCGAGGCGCUGAAGUUCGCGGAGGAUUUCAACCUGACCCCGGGGUUGCUUCGACGCGAGGACGUGCUGACCGCGUUCGAGACCGCGGACGACAAGCCGACGGUCGGCGGGACGGCGGGCGCGGGCGCGGGCGCGGGCGCGGGCGCGGGCGCGGGCGCGGGCGCGGGCGGGCUCGGCGCCGACGGAAAACGCACAGCCGGCGGCUGGAAUCGCGAGGACGAGCUCGACUUCGACGAGUUCGCGGCGUUUCUCGUCCGGUGCGCGAUCCUCGCGUUCGGCGACGCUGAAGAAGACGGCGGAUUCGGCGGAGGUGGCGCGUCGUCGACGUCGACCGCCGCGGACCGAGACGCGCGAUCGGUCGACGCGCUCCUGAAAAAAAUUCGUUGCGACGGCCGCGACUCGCGGCGACUGCGCGAAAAGCUCGUCGUCGUCGCCAACCGCGGCCUGCACAACCCGCGCGACGCCUCGCGCGACGGCGCCGCGGAGCGACAGAAGUGGGCCAAGCUGAGCAAGGCGGCGGAGGGCGGUCCGUCCGCGGCGGUCCUCGCGCGCGUGAAGCGCGGCGAUUUCGACGACGCGGCGCUGACGCGGCGCGCGACGCGGCAUCUCGCCGAACGCGCGGAGGACGCGAGGUGGACCGAGUUCCACCACGUCGCCGUCGACUGCGGGACGCUUCUCCCGCGCGAGACGCGCGCGUUCCGCGUCGUCGUCCGCAACCGCGCGCUGUGCGGGUUCGCGGACGUCGCCGUGGAGGUUCUCGGCCUGGGCGACGUCGUCGAGGCGUCGUUCGCGGAGGGGCCGAUCGCCGCGGGGCUGAGCAAAAUCAUCACGCUCAACGCGGGCUCGCGCGUCCCGGGGGAGUGGCUCGGCGCCGUCGUCGUCCGCGUCGCGAACGGCGACCCGUGGGGCGAUGAAGAGAUCGUCCGCGUGCCGGUGUAUCUCCACGUCGUCCGGCGCGAGAGAGAGAUCGUCACGAGGGCGGCGGCGACGUUGGGGCCGAAGGAGCACGCGCCGGGGACGAACGACUUUGAGCUCGCGGAGCGCGAGGACGAGGUUCGGAGACGACCGAGGAGCUACCGCCGGUGCCCGGGGCCGGAGCUCCCGGAGCGCGAGAAAGAGCGCGCGUUGGGGCCGACGAUGAGAGGGUGGCGCGGCGACGACGACGGCGGCGACCGUCAGUACGCCGUCGUCGCCGCGAAGGCGGCGCGCGCGGCGUCCGCGUCGUCGGCGGCGGCGCGUUCGGCUCGCGGGCUUACCGGGCGUCGCGGGUGGUCCGGGUCCGCCGCGAUCGACGACGGGACGUUCGGGUCGUCGUUGGAGACGAGGUUGUUCGGGGGCGGGUUCAGCACGACGCGCUCGAGCAGCGCGGGGGCGCGCGCGGAUAGACGAGAAGACGCAGACGGGGGGCGCGCGUUUUGAUUUCCAGCCGCCGCGUCGUUAAAAGACCGUGUUGUACGAAUCUACGAAUGCGCCUCGACUUCCCCCCCCCCGCGAUCACGCGACCUCCUCCUCGCUCGCUCACAUGUUAUUCUUCAGGUGCUCGCGCUUCCACCGCGCGGCCAUGCGAUGCUGGAGCUCGCCGAACUUCCCGUUCUUGUGGCGCCGGUGCGUCACCGUCCCUCCGCUCGCUUCGAUCUGCCGCGCGCGCUGCUCCUCCGCGAGCGCGAUGUACGUGUCCGCGCUGUGCGUGAACCCGACGUUCGCGGUGCCGAACCCGAAGCGCUCGAUCAACACCGCGGCGUUGACGGCGUAGAACGCGUACUUGAACGAGUUCUCGUUGCACCGCGCGCUGUUCGGGUCGCCGGUGAACGACGGCGGGACGAUCUCCAUCGCGUUGUCGCGCUCUUCUAGAUUCUUAUCCGACGCGGACGAAUGAAUGAAUGAAUGGGGGAAAGGACGAGGCGCGCGUCUCUGCGCUGUCGCGUCCGCGCGGUUCGGUGCCUUCCCGCGCGAGUGCGAGCGCGCGCGGAGAUCUCGCGGCGGCGACGACGCGCGAUGUGCGGGUCGCGUGCGUGCGUGCGUGCGUCGAACCGGGAUCCGCGCG